UUAUCUAAUAAGCCCAACUGUGUAUGUUGAAGAAAACAUGGCACAAUCUUGGUGUCUCAGUUUCUGGUACAACUCUUUUCCGCUGAAAACUGUAGGUUCGAUUGAUGUCUACGCCUAUCCCUCUACGGAGAGUGUUGGUACCCAGACUCCUAUAGCUAGCAUUCAAGGGCAUCAGACUGGUAGGAGGGCAUGGCUACAGACUAUGACUGAAAUACCCAACCAAUCAGCAAACUUCACUGUUGCUUUAGCAGCCAAUCAGCAGGCUCUAUCAAGUGAUGUGUACGCCAUUGAUGAUGUCUCAAUAACACAAGGAGCAUGCUCUGCUGCAGUAGGCGGUGAAGAUUUUGAUUGCGACUUCCAAGAUGGUUUUUGUGGCUGGAGCCAGUCUAACGAUGACGAUACAAACUGGGCAAUUGAACAAGGAAGUACCGACACAUCAGGAACAGGGCCGGCAUAUGAUAGAACUCAAGCUGAAGAUGGUGCUUACAUCUACGUUGAGAGUAGUAUAGGAACAUCAAAAAGAACCGUUCUGUUAAGUCCCUCCGUGGUGACCACCCCCAGCACCAGUAGAACGUUCAGUUUUUGGUAUAACUUAUACGGCACUGCAAUAGGUAAAUUUGUUAAAUAA